GCCGUUUAAAUCACAGUUGGACGACAUUCUACAACGAUGAAGACAGCUUUGGUAUUCGUGGCGAUCGUGGCACUUUGUCGGGGUAGUCCAAUGUCGAGGGGUUUCGGUGGAAGGAUUGUUAAUGGCCAGGACGCUCAAGAGGGCGAAUUCCCCUAUCAAGUAUCGUUGCAAACCAUGAGGAGUUUCCACUUCUGCGGUGGUUCAGUCCUCAACAAAAACUACGUUCUUACCGCAGCCCACUGUGUCCACGGUAAAUCACCGAGUGAGAUCAAAGUCAUCGCUGGUACGACCGACCUGGAGGACCCUCAAGCGACGCAUUACGCUGUUAAAAUAACAGUUCACGCUGAAUACAAUAAACACGAUUCAUGGGUCAAUGACAUCGCCCUCAUCAAAGUCGACACUGAUUUCCAUUAUUCCAAAACCGUUGCAAACGUGGUUUUACCGAUACAAGGCUUCAGCGUACCCGAAGACUCGAUCGCCACUGUCACCGGCUGGGGACGCCUCGGGCAAGGUGGACAAUCGCCAACGGUACUUCAACGUGCGGACAUUCUGAUCGCAUCUCAACAAUAUUGCAGCAAAGUUUACUCGAAUUCUGGACUGAACAUUUACUCGACUCACAUCUGCGCUCGGGAUCCCAACGUCGAGACUGGAGCUUGCAACGGUGACUCGGGUGGUCCUUUAACCGUCGAUGGACAACUCGCAGGUAUCGUUUCCUGGUCACGAGGCUGCGCCUUGACCAAAUACCCAACUGUGUACACGAGAGUGGCCGAAUACGUCGACUGGAUAAACUAUUAUGCUGUCUAAACGAAAAGGGCCUGGCACUGGACUUCUGCUCGUUAAACUUGAUCUGAAGGAGCUGCGCGAGUGCGUUCGCAAUUAUUUCUCCUCUUGUCCAACUAGUCCAAUGUAAAUGAUCAGCAGAAGCUUUCGUUUUACUUGCUCUGAAUAAAAUUCAAUAAAUCACCGAA